GGUUCCCUCCUGAACCGUCUUGUUACAGCUGUCCUCACUGACUGACUCUUGUUUAUUGUGGUUCCUGGGUAGUAGACAGUUGGCAGUCAGAUUGACCGGACUAUCGGCGCCCGCGCAAGCGGCGCAAGUGGAGUAACCGCUCGACACUUGACCCGCGAGAUAAGCGCAUUCUGCUCGCUCCGCUCCACUGAUGCAGAUGUUAGCAGCGACUGUGUGUUUGGCCCUGGCCCUGGCCCUGGGGCUGGGGCGGGCCUGCGAGCUGCGGCCCUCCGGCGGCGUGGCGCAGAAGUCUCCGGGAGACAACUUCUACCGGCUAGUCGUCAACGGCGAGGUGGAGCGCUACGCCCCCGGCAAGCGCUAUGUUGUGACCCUGGUGGGAUCCCGCACCCACGAUGUGGUCCAGCAGUUCACCAAGUUCCAGCUCAUGCUGGACCCGCUGGAUCCUGCGGCCCCUAGGUCCCCGGCACGCCAGGGUCAGUUCCAGCUGUUCGCGGACACGCUGUCCAAGUUCGACGAGGAGUGCGUCAACUCCGUCGUGGAGGCCGACGACCUGCCCAAGACCGAGGUGCAGGUCAUGUGGAAAUCCCCGCCUUCGGGUUCUGGAUGUGUCCUCAUCAAAGCGAUGGUGUACGAGAACUCGAGCCGCUGGUUCGCGGAGGACGGCCAGCUGACGAAGAGAGUUUGCGAGGACACCGCCCUGACAUCUUCAGAUUGCUGCGCUUGCGAUGAAGCUAAAUACAAGAUGGUGUUCGAGGGGCUGUGGUCCGCGCAGACGCACCCUAAGGACUUCCCGAAACAGGCGCUCUGGCUCACGCAUUUCUCCGACGUCAUCGGCGCCACGCACCACAAAAACUUCACCUUCUGGGGCGAGGGGCAGAUCGCGUCCGAUGGCUUCAGGUCUUUAGCCGAGUGGGGCUCCGUGGGGCUGAUGGAGCGGGAGCUGCGGCAGCAGGGCAAGCAGCUGCGCUCCAUCGUGAAGGCGCAGGGGCUGUGGCACCCGAGGGUCAACUCCAACACGACCGCCAGCUUCGUGGUCGAUAGGAAGCGGAGCUACCUCUCUCUGGCUUCUAUGUUUGGUCCCUCUCCUGACUGGGUAGUGGGAGUGAGCGGUCUGAGCUUGUGCCUGAAGGACUGCACCUGGGAGGAGUCUAAAGUCAUCGACCUCUUUCCCUACGAUGCGGGCACUGAUAACGGCAUAACAUAUAUGUCGCCGAACGCCGAGACCCGUCCCAAAGAGCGCAUGUACCGCAUCACCCCCAUGUACCCCGAGGACCCGCGCGCGCCGUUCUACAACCCGGGUGGGAGGAUCGCUCCCAUGGCGCGGCUCUACCUCACGAGGGAGAAGCUCAUACCGCGCAGCUGCGACGAGGAGGUGCUGCAGACCCUCGUCGCCGAGGAGGCGGAUGACACGCAGUCCGCUAACAAACCGGAGUGUGCGGUGUCGGAGUGGGGCCCGUGGUCUGCGUGCUCCGUGACCUGCGGCAAAGGUCUGCGCAUGCGGACCCGCACCUACCGCAUGCCACAGAAGGCGCAGAUGUUCGCCUGCGAGCGCCAGCUGGUGUCUAAGGAGAUGUGCGUGGCUGCGCGCCCCGAGUGCGAUGGCGACACGGAUGUGAAAACGGACGAGCUUGACCUGGUCGCUCCGGUGGAAGAGCUGGGGGGCAUCUGCCAGACCUCGGAGUGGGGCGUGUGGAGCGAGUGCUCGGUCACUUGCGGAGUCGGGUUCGAGACCCGGCGGAGGCACUUCACCAAUCCGAUGGGGCUUAAGAAGUGCCCGCUUGUACAAAUCGAGGAAAACCGCAAGUGUAUGCAGCCCGAGUGCACAGAACGCGACACAGAGAUCUCGGACCCCGCAUGCCCGACAACAGAGUGGUCGGGCUGGUCGCCGUGCUCGGCGUCGUGCGGCGCCGGCGUGUCGUUCCGGACCCGUCUCUUGCUCGUGCCGGGGGAAAGGCAGAGGGAGUGCGCAGCGAGGGUGGAGCUGAUGAAACAGCGGCGCUGCCAGGAGCGGGAGUCUUGCGCUAUCGACAUGAUGACUGCUAAACGCAUCUGCAUGGAACCGCCCGAGGAGGGCCCGUGCCGUGGAGUGUACCAGCGCUGGGCUUUCGCCGCGCAGAAGGGCAUGUGCAUCCCCUUCACCUACGGUGGUUGCCGCGGCUCCCAGAACAACUUCCUCACGCAGGAGGAGUGCACUAGCACCUGCUCUGUCAUCACUGGUGAGUCACUGUUUCCAGCGCUGGGUCUUCCAGAAGUGCAUGUGCAUCCCCUUCACCUACGGUGGUUGCCGCGGCUCCCAGAACAACUUCCUCACGCAGGAGGAGUGCACCAGCACCUGCUCUGUCAUCACUGGAGGAGUGCACCAGCACCUGUCACUGUUUCCAGCGCUGGGCCUUCGCCGCGCAGAAGGGCAUGUGCAUCCCCUUCACCUACGGCGGUUGCCGCUGCACCCAGAACAACUUCCUCACGCAGGAGGAGUGCACUAGCACCUGCUCUGUCAUCACUGGUGAGUCACUGUUUCCAGCGCUGGGUCUUCCAGAAGUGCAUGUGCAUUCCCUUCACCUACGGCGGCUGCCGCGGCUCCCAGAACAACUUCCUCACGCAGGAGGAGUGCACCAGCACCUGCUCUGUCAUCACUGGGGCACUCAACCCGCAGGCCAACCAGCUCGCGAACACCCUUAGCUCCGACCCAUCCCGCGCCACUAACACUCUUGACGGAGCCCCGACCUUACUGGGCUCGUGUGAGCUGAGCCCGUGGAGCGAGUGGAGCCGAUGCAGCGUCUCGUGCGGCGUGGGCUACCAGGAACGCACGAGGAGCGUGCUGACGCCGGCGGCGCCGGGCGCCCCGCCGUGCAAGGCGAAGCUGUCGCGCCGCCGCCGCUGCUCCCGGCCAUGCUAGGGCUUGGUGCUGGCCUCCAGGGUGAGGGUCCGAGGAAGGCCCAUAGUGUAUUAGAAAAUUUUGGCG